AUGCCGGGAAUAAGAUGUGCCAUUUAUGGCUGUAAUAAUAACGUAAUUACCGUUAAAAAACUGGGAAAAGACAUAAAAUUCUAUGCGUUUCCCAAAGGGAAAAACUUAGUGACUAACACGAUAAGAUUAGAGUGGAUUAAUCGAUGUAAACGUGACGACAAGUUUAAUCCCAAUACACACUACAUCUGUUCCGUGCACUUUAAUAAACUGAGUUAUGAAAGGGAUAUGCAAAAUGAAUUAUUAGGUUUACCGCUUAGAAGAAUUUUAAAAAGCACUGCAGUUCCUACCUUACAUCUUCCUAACACAAAAAGUUCAACGAUCACUGAUAGAGAUAGGAGACAUGAAAAAAGGGAGCGUCGGAAAAUUAUUAGUGAUAUAUUGUCCAAUUCAAACGAACCAGAAAAUAGUGAGCAACCGGGAACUUCCAUAAUAAAUAGGAACGACUCAGGAGAAGACAGUCAUAAAUUAAAAUAUGAAGAGUUGUUAGCUGUACAUGCAAAGCUAAAACAAGAUUAUUCUUCGUUAAAAGAAGAGAAUAAAAAGGAGAUUAAACGACUGAAUGAUUUACUUCGUUAUUAUAAAAAGAAAAAUCGCCUUAAACUAACAUCAAAAGAUGUAAAUUGGAAUCGUGAAGAACUUGCAACGGCAUUUACUUUAAGAUAUUAUAGCAAGAAAUGUUAUUUGUAUGUAAGAAAUAAUCUUAAUUACCCUCUACCAUCAUUGUCUACUUUAAAGAAAUGGGUUUCUAAGAUAUGCCGACCGAAUAUAAACGAAAGGGAAGCGUUAAAAGAUGCGAGUGGACGGUACAGCAACUAUCCGAGGCGAUAA